AUGCCGACUUACUGUCCACGUUUUGCGACCACUGUCGGCGGGUCAACAACAAAGCAAUGGCUCAUGUUCUCCUCUCAUGGUCCUUCACCGCAGUCGUCGCAGCCGCCAAUCCCAGUGAUGUGCUUUGGUAGAGCAACUCCGAGUAGCUCCUCGUCCUCUAGAUUUCCGGAGCAUGAUGUUGAUGGAGUUCGACGGUAUUCAGGGACUGUAAUAAAUACGCAACGUUCAGCUCAGGAAGCCGUCCACGCAGCCGUCUACGCGAUUCAUAGCAAAGUAGAGCCACUAUCUGUACAUGGGACUUCGGCGUCGCGGAUUUUCGAUUCGAAAUUCCGCACGGUCUUUUCGGGUGAAGGUUUGUUUCGUGCUCGUGCAAUGACAUCGUCGUUGGGGGAGGCUAGAGGACUCCCUCCUGUGCCAGCUUGGUCGUGGCGACGCUUGCCUGGCACUAGAGUGCAGGUAUACGCCGAUCGCGAGCAGCGACCACUUUGUCCAGGAGGUUCUCAGGCAACACUGCUGCCGGUAAUGAACUCCACGGGAAAAAUGGAGGCUUCCGUCUCCAUGCAACGCAGGUGUUUUGGGUUUUCUCCACAAGCAGCAGCGGCUCUGAAGAGCAUCAAAGAUGCGAUGCCAGCCAAGCGCAAGGUGAUUCAGCUUUCGAAGAAGGAGAAGCGUGAGCUCCAGGGCAACAUCGCAAAGUAUGCGAACAAUCGGGGUCGGCCAGAGUUCCACAACAUUGAUCUGGACCGCCAUGGUCGUAUUUUCGAGCCUACAGAUGUAUUCGAGAUCGUAAUUACAUCGUCCAAGAACAACUUGUGGAUUGCGGUGGUGAACAAGGCCCGGGAGAACCGCACUGUUUUCACCUCACAUGCUGGAAAUGUAGGGCUGCGAAAAAGCGCGCGCCGCGCGGCGGAUGCGGCGCACCGGGUUGCACAGAAUAUAGCGCGAAAAUGCAAGAGGCUAGGCGUGACAGUGUGCGAGGUUCGUUUUCGGUGGCUCCAGAAGAUGGAAAUCGUUCUGCAAGCGUUCCAAGCUCACAAUUUGCGUGUGACUCGGGUUACACAUUUGCCUCGACUGCCCAAAGGCGAUCCUCACAAGUGCCGUAAGCGGAGGCGUGUGUAAAAUUUGCACUGCUCGCACAUGCAAGAACACCUCUUCUAAUUCUCCGUGGUAGGUGAUUAAUUGGCAAUGCGCGGAGUACCAGAUGAAACAAGUAGG